AGCUCGAAUGCCUCCGCCGAGUGACCCCCCCCCCUUAUAUGCGCAGACGACAAUCGCGCUUUGGAGUUUGGUGAACGGAAAAACAAACGGUGAAAAUGGCGACGACGCGAACCGGCGGCAGCGAUAAAUCCAAGCCCUUUGAUAUGGCCUAUCAUGGCCACAUCAACACCCUCAAACCGCUCUUAGCCCAGAACGAGAAGCUGAAAACCCAGACGGACGAGAAUCAAAGAACAUUGCUCCACUGGGCAGCUUUGGGAGGCCACGACGAUGUGCUCUGUCACCUGCUGUCGCUCGGCGUACCCGUGGAUCCCAGAGACGACAUGGAGAUGACACCGCUGAUACUCGCAGCAUCCGCGGGACGGGAGAAGGUCGUGAACAUCUUGCUCAAGGAGGGCGCGGACAUAAAUGCCAAGACUAGCGAAGGCCACUCCGCGUUGCAGUACGCCUCGUCCAAGAAUUACAAAUCCAUUUGCGCGAAUCUUCUUGAGAAGGAGGCGAGCAUUAACAUCGCUGAUAAGAGAGGCGCUACGCCACUGCACAGAGCCGCUUCCAAAGGCAACCUGGAGAUCGUCAAACUGCUCGUUGAGAGUGGGGAGCAUUUAAACAUCGAUCAAAGAGACUGUUACGGCUGCACUGCACUGCACUUAGCGUGCGAGGAAGACCGUCAGGAGGAAGCCAAGAUCUUGGUAACUAACGGUGCCGAUUUACACACGAAGAACAAGGAGGAGAAAUGUCCUCUCGACUAUUGCACUCGCGGCUUGGCUAAGGAGUUGCUGGAAAUUGCGGAAAGCCGAAGCAACAAUUAAGCGAUAACAAAGGUAACUCGUAAGCUCGUUCUCUGUGAUACGAUCGGAAGGUCAUGUGUAACAGGUGUCUUAAAAUAAACGCAACACUUUUUUUUUAAACUAA